UCUAGCAAGCAGCACGAGAAGCGCGAGAAGAAGAAAACUCCAAGCGAGGGCGCUGUUCACGCACGAUUCCCGCCGGCCUCGUCGUCGUCCUCUGCUGCUGUCCGCCUGCGACGUCAAAACGCGACGCGGCCCUCCUCAUCUUCGAUUCUCUGUCCCUCUUUCUGUCUCUCUCAUUUGCCAUAGCUGAGAAAAGCUUCGAGUGUGCCAUUUUCUUGAAAAGACAAAGCUCCCCAUUUCGAGCAAAGACCCACCACCAUUCAUCCACGAGCCAUGACGCUCUCCCUCCUCCUCUCUCUCCUCUUCUCCCUCGCCUUCUUCCACUGCUGCCACCACCCUCCUCGCGCGCUUUCCUCGCCCCUCUCGGAGCUCCACGCCCUCAUGGCACUCAAGGCCGCCCUCGACCCCUCCGGCCGGGUCCUCACCUCGUGGUCCCGCGGCGCCGACCCCUGCGGCGGCGGCGGCGGCUCGUCGUUCGAGGGGGUGGCGUGCGACGAGCGCGGCCGCGUGGUGAACGUCUCGCUGCAGGGGAAGGGCCUGAGGGGGCGGAUCCCACCGGAGAUCGGCGGGCUCGGGAGCCUGACCGGGCUGUACCUGCACUUCAACGCCCUCGGCGGGGAGGUGCCCGGGGAGAUCGGGGGGCUGAGGAUGCUGACCGACUUGUACCUGGACGUCAAUGGAUUCUCCGGGGAGAUUCCUCCCGACAUUGCCAACUUGACUAAUCUCCAAGUUUUGCAGCUGGGCUACAACCGGUUCUCCGGCGGCAUCCCUAGACAGCUAGGGUCCCUGCCGAAGCUGACCGUCCUCGCCUUGCAGUACAAUCGCCUGACCGGCGCCAUCCCCGCGAGCUUGGGGGACUCGGCGAGCCUGAAGAGGUUGGACUUGAGCUACAACAAUUUCUUCGGCUCGAUCCCGGCGACAUUGACCAAUGCUUCUAGUCUCGAAGUCCUGGACGUGCGCAACAAUACCCUGUCGGGCUAUGUCCCUACCGGCUUGAAGAGGCUCGAUGAUGGUUUCCAAUAUGAAAACAACCCUGACCUAUGUGGAGUCGGGUUCCCCAACGUCCGACCCUUGUCCGACCGUUUACUGGACCGGCCCGAGCCGCUCCGACCCGAUACUCUUUCGAAGAAGAACAUUCCCGAGUCGGCUGAUUUGAAUUCGACCUGCGGGAAAGCGCACUGUCCGAACAGAUUAAGUGGCCGAAGAGCUGGUGUUGUUUUAGGGGUGGUUGCAGUCGUAGCUGCUAUCGGGUUCGCUGUCGUUGGAUUUCUCACCUUCUCAUGGCACCAGCAUCGAAAGCAGAGGAAUUCAAGCUCUCUAGACGUUUUGGAUAAGCGGGUCCGUGCCAGUCGAGCCCUUGAGAAUCGCUCGAAGAGGGCCUCUGCUCUCAUCAGUCUCGAGUACUCGAACGGGUGGGAUCCGCUGGCCAAAGGCGGUGGCGGGAGCGCCUUCUCCCAGGAGGUUUUUGAGAACUUCAUGUUCAACUUGGAGGAUGUGGAGCGCGCGACCCAGUCUUUCCUGGAGAGCAAUUUGCUGGAGAAGAGCAGCUUCUCUUCUGUACACAGGGGAAUCCUCAGGGACGGGUCAACCGUCACGGUAAAGCGCUAUGCCAAGAUGAACUGCAAGUCCGAUGAGGCCGAAUUCCUCAAGGGCUUGAAACUCCUGACCAAACUGAAGCACGAAAACCUGGUCAGGCUCAGGGGAUUUUGCUGCUCGAAAGGGCGAGGCGAGUGCUUCCUGAUCUACGAGCUCGUGCCGAACGGGAAUUUGCUGCAGUAUCUUGACGCGAAGCCUGGAAGCGGGAAGGUUCUCGAAUGGCAUACCCGAGUUGCGAUCAUAAUCGGCAUUGCUCAAGGUAUCAGCUACAUACAUGAAGAUGAAGGAGACAAGCCCAGACUAGUCCACCAGUCGAUAUCUGCCGAGAAAGUUCUCAUCGAUUACUGGAACAACCCACUGCUUUCGGACCCAGGUCUGCACCACCUCCUCGCAGACGAUGUAGUCUUUGCUAUGCUCAAGGCCAGCGCUGCCAUGGGCUACCUCGCCCCGGAGUACGCAAGCACCGGCUACCUAACCGAGAAGAGCGAUGCGUACGCAUUCGGUGUUCUGGUGCUCCAGAUCCUGUCGGGGAAGCGUGUGAUCACUCCAUCGAUCCGGCACGGAGUGGAAGCAUGUUGCUUUGACGAAUUCAUCGAUGAGAACCUUGAGGGGAAUUUCUUGGAGACUGAGGCGACCCAGCUUGCUCGGAUCGCGCUUCUUUGCACCCGAGACUCUCCUAUCGACAGGCCAUUGAUGAGAACUGUGGUGCAAGAGCUUGAUAUGCUGAUCGGCAUUUCUUGACAGUUGCGGUUUUGCUUGUCACCGUGAUUUUCGGUCGCCAAGAGGCGAGACUAUCACAAUUCUAAUUAACUACUAGGUUAAUCACAGAUUUCCAGAUGUGUCAGCAGCCGCAUCCUCUAUAACAGUUGACGAAUUUCUCUCUUAAGCAUCGGCAUAGUAAUAGUUAUUAGGGAAGAGUAAGGGCAUGAGUAAGCUUGUAAUGCAUCAAAGCAUGUAACUGGUAUGCAUUGAGUACAGGACUCUUAAUAGUUAGAGGGUGCCCUAUGCAUUAUACUCAUAAGAGUGCUCGAAAAGAGACUGAUGGCUGUUCGGAUUCGAAUCCCUUUUUUCCUUUCGUUUAAUUUAAGGAGACCAUGUUGUAAAUGAUUAUGCUGUUUGGCGACGAGUGAAUAGACCGUUUCUGACUUAAUACCA